GCGACGCUGGGGGACUGGCGGGCCUUUCCGGGUCAGCAGUCUUCGCGACCGGGCGAAUCCCGGGGCUUGGUGCUGCCGCCUCCUGGUCUCCGCUGCUUUCGCGCUUCCUGAACUCAGUGAUCGGUUCUUUACCGCCCCGGUACCCUCACGCCUCUCAGCCUUUCGCUCUGGGAGGCUCUGACCAGGUCCCCCGAAGGGCCCUGUGUCGACUGUGACCCCCCUCUCCCCUAAACGGGGUCAGGUGCUAAAGGUGUGUCCCAUUGCUGUGAGCCCUUGAGGACGGUGUCUGUGUGAACCACGUGGACUUGGCGUCUCUUGUCCACAGGCGCUCAGUGGGAGCGAGGGAUUGCCUCUGAGUGUCAGAGCAGAAACUACAACACUUGGUAUUGUUUAGGAUGAAUGUCAUUUGGAGAAAUCGUCUCUUCUAUCUGAAGCUAGGAACAGUGCCACACAGAUGCCAAAGUGGUUCCCACCCAACAGCCCCUCUGGGGUCAAGGAUUUUAACCGAUCCAGCCAAAGUUUUUGAACACAAUAUGUGGGAUCACAUGCAAUGGUCUAAAGAAGAAGAAGCAGCGGCCAGAAAAAGAGUAGAGGACAACUCAGCAGUGCGAGUCCUGGUAGAAGAACAAGUUAAAUAUGAGAGUGAAGCUAGUAAAUAUUGGAACACAUUUUACAAGAUUCAUAAGAAUAAAUUUUUCAAGGACCGUAAUUGGCUGUUGAGGGAAUUUCCUGAAAUUCUUCCAGUUGAUCAAAAACUUAAAGAGAAGAUGGAAGAAUCAUCUUGGGAUUGCGUGAAAACUAAUUCUGCAAAUUGUUCCUCAGAAAUGCACUAUCCUACUAUGUCCGAAGAAAGAACUCACUAUAAGAAAAAUUCUGGCUCAUCAGAUGGUCAAAGCAAAGUAGGGUCUAAUUUUUCCCACCCAGACUCUGAAGAACACAGAAAAAGCUGUCUGAAAGCUGAAUUUUUUCCUGGUAGCAAUGCCACUUUCAGAAUACUGGAGGUUGGCUGUGGUGCUGGAAAUAGUGUGUUUCCAAUUUUGAACACCUUGCGGAAUAUUCCGGGGGCCUUUCUUUACUGCUGUGACUUUGCUCCUGGAGCUGUGGAGCUCAUAAAGUCGCACUCGUCCUACAGAGCUGCCCAGUGCUGCGCCUUUGUUCACGACGUGUGUGACGAGAGCUCACCUUACCCCUUCCCGGAUGGGGUCCUGGAUGCCAUUCUCCUCAUCUUUGUGCUCUCUUCUAUUCAUCCUGACAGGAUGCAAAGUGUUGUCAACCGACUGUCCAAGUUACUGAAACCUGGGGGAAUGCUAUUAUUUCGGGACUAUGGAAGAUAUGACAAGACCCAGCUUCGUUUUAAAAAGGGGCAUUGUUUAUCUGAAAAUUUCUAUGUUCGAGGAGAUGGUACCAGAGCAUAUUUCUUUACAAAAGGGGAAGUCCACAGUAUGUUCUACAAGGCUGGGUUAGAUGAAAAGCAAAAUCUGGUUGAUCGUCGCUUACAAGUUAAUAGGAAAAAACAAGUGAAAAUGCACCGAGUGUGGGUUCAAGGAAAAUUCCAGAAACCAUUGCUCUGGACUCAAAAUAUCUCUAAAGUCAUGUUUUCACUCCUUCCUCCUGACUGAACCGAGUUCAAUGUUAAGGUACAAGACCAGAGUACUACACUAUUCCAAUACCCCUGCAAAUAUUUCCUUUCUCAAAAGAUAAUCAGAAGAAAAGAAUUUGUAUGCCCUGCUAUUUUAUCAUGGGUGAGCCCUUUUGUGCAUCUCAAGCACAUAUUUCAAAGUAUAUAUCAUCUUCUUUGUUUUCAACACUUGAUAAGCCAUCACUUGCUUGGGUGUACUGCAUGUGACCAUUGUUUGUUUAUUGAAUUUUAUAAACAUUAAUAAAUUAAUAACAUAAGUCAAGUAAUUUUGAAAAAAUUAUCUUUUUUUAGAAGAGGAAAAAUCGGCCGGCGCCGUGGCUUAACAGGCUAAUCCUCCGCCUUGCGGCGCCGGCACACUGGGUUCUAGUCCCGGUUGGGGCGCCGGACUCUAUCCUGGUUGCCCCUCUUCCAGGCCAGCUCUCUGCUAUGGCCCGGGAAGGCAGUGGAGGAUGGCCCAAGUGCUUGGGCCCUGCACCCGCAAGGGAGACCAGGAGAAGCACCUGGCUCCUGGCUUCGGAUCAGCAAGAUGCGCCGUCCACAGUGGCCAUUGGAGGGUGAACCAACGGCAAAAAGGAAGACCUUCCUCCCUGUCUCUCUCUCUCACUAUCCACUCUGCCUGUCAAAAUAAAUA